AUGUCGCCCAAAGGACGGAAUUCUUGCCAGGUUCCUGAACACUUCUUAUCUCACCCGGAUAUCUCCAGAGGUAUGAAGAUCCUUGGCACUGUUGGAACGAGUUGUGAAGAGGCUCACACGAUUCGACUCGAGGACGAUCUACUUACGGCCCAUCAAGACCUCUCUGAGUGCCCAGUUCCGAUUGGUUCAACCGUCCCAGCCCUCCCUAAACUGACCAAUCAGCGCACUCGAUGCAUGUACUCGUGGCGCAGCGCGUGA